AGUCUCCAUAUAAGUGCAUAAUUUUGUGUACGAACAACGAAGAUGUCUAGCAGAGACGCAGGUGGAGACAAGUUGGCGCAGCAACAGACACAGCUGAACCAACCGCAAAAACAAUCUGUUUUUAGCAAAAAUGCAAUUGCCAACAUAAAUCUGGGUGGAUUUAGUUCCUUCGAUAGUGAUUCUCUGCCUGAAUGUUCAGAAUUUGACUCAGAAUCGGUUACUUUGGAUUACUUCAAAGAAAGCUCGCAACGCCCAUCACCAUCAAAAAUGGCGCCCACAACAACAAUUGAAACCAUUACAAUCACAAGGCCAUUGAAGGUCAUUGCAUUUAUAUGUGGUGUCAUCGUUGUCAUACUGAUGAUCAUGGCUUUAGCUUCCACGGACUGGUUAAUGGCUGCUGGCUGGCGUCAGGGUCUCUUUGUGCACUGCAUUGAGGAAGAUGUUGAAUCGCCGCUGCCAUUCAAUCUACAUGAUCCGCCGGGUUGUUAUGCUAGUCGUGAUGUGGCUUACAUCAAAGCCACAGCUGCUCUAUGUAUAAUCACAUUGAUAACUGAUGUGAUUGCCACCAUACUCACUGGCCUGGGUUUGAGAACACAAAAUCACAAUGUCAAAUACAAAUUCUACAGAAUCGCUGUGCUGGUGAUGCUGUUAUCAUUGUUGGCUGUCCUGUCUGCGCUGAUAAUAUAUCCAGUAUGUUUUGCUGGCGAACUCAAUUUGGCGAAUCGGCCAAUUUGGGAAUUUGGUUGGGCCUAUGGUGUUGGCUGGGGUGCAGCUAUCUUCCUAUUCGGCGCCGUUGUGCUACUGCUAUGCGAUAAGGAAUCGGAGGAGAUCUAUUAUAAGGAGAGAAAAAUUGUACAUGAAAACCAUAUGCGCGCCUAGGCCAGGCCGCACGACCUGCCUGACGUCGUUCUUUAGACAUUUAAGUAAAUUAUGCGAUUUCUACUGAUAUAAUACUACUAAACUACUACUAUUACAAAGAACAACAAUAUCUAUAAAUCAGCAAACAAACAACAGUAAAUCGUAAAGUUUAAAAAAUGAACGAGGAAAACAAAAAGUAUACAAAAUUAUAAGAAGUGUGUAAUAUUGUCAUCAUUGCCGCCAAGCAACAUACUAGACAGAAACAACUAUGCUGAAAUUGAAAGAAAGCAGUUUAACUAAUUUAACACAGAAUCCCAACACAUACGAAUACAAAAUCACAUACAAACAAAGUACAUAUACACGUGGAGCCUAUGUAGAUGGUCAGGUGCUGUAACGUAGUUUUUUUUUUUUUAAAUAUCUUGUGUGAUAAAGCUACAAAAUGUGGUGUAUUUCUCUGUGGAAAUUUGUUGACCGCUAAAUCAAAAAUAUUUAGGUGCAUAUCAAAUUCAAAUCAAAACUGAAUUUCGCAAGCGCUAAAGCUUGGCAGUAGUUUCGAAUUUUACUGACACGCGUUGACGGCGCCGCCGCGGUUAAGGUGUAAAACACGCAUAUGAUACAUAUUUGAACUUGAAUAGAACAAACGAUACACACAAACACACUCGAAUAUUCACACAUAGUUUUUGGCAUGCUAAUGAGCUGAUAUCAUUUGUAUAACCAAUUUUAACAAGUACAUAUAACAACAUAAAUGUAUUCAUGGUGAUCGUAUUUAACCGUUUAGCAUUUCAUAGUUACCUACAAGCAUACUAUAUCUACACAUAUGUAUAUUCAUCUAUAAUCGACGUACAUUGCAAUUAUGCACUUGCAUACAUACAUAUAUAAACACACACAUAAGCAUACUAUGUAUUCAUACAUUUGCCAUUGUCUUCGAAAAUGCAUAGUUGCGCACAGAAAUCGUAUCUCAUAUAUGUAUAUGUAUGUCUUAUAACUUUUUAGUUGACCACCCACUUGACCUAAAAUCAUCUACAUGCAUUCCUUACUUUGUAUUCUUUUGUUUGCUUCUUUAUUGGUGUAACUUCCCACGACAAAAUGUAAAAAAAAAACAAGUAAAUUAAUAUCAAACGUACGAAAAAUGUAAGAAAUUCUAAUUAAAUGUAAGCGUAAAAAAUUGUAGCAAAACAAAAUGAAAACAAUUAAAAAAGUGUUGCUAUGUAUUAAAACACAUGUAAAACGUUUAAAGCAACAAAAUAUUAUAAACGAAAAUCUGGAAAAUUAAUGUAAAGUCACGCUCAUGGACCUACCAAUGAAUCGAACGAAUUCGACGACGAUGAAUACGUGAACCAAAUCAUAUACCCACAUACAAUACUUAUAGUCACAAGUAACUUUUUAUAAACACAUAUUUACAUGUACACACAUAUACACUUAACAUACAUAUAUAUGUAUAUUCAUACAAACAUUUAUUCUUACAUACAUACUCUCGCACAUAUGCUCAUAUAUACAUACAUACAUAUAUACAUCUUGAAGAAAUUGCAGGCAGCUAUAAAAAAAAAUGCAUAUGACUAAGCAGAAAAUUAUGAUGCUUCCCUCACAUUGACUUUAAAUUUAAAGCGAGUGAUAUUAUUGAUUUUCAUUAGUAAUUUGUUUAAUUCUUUACAUGAGUCAAUAUUAAAUUAUCUGUAUUUAUUAGCAUAUGCAACGCUUCCUUAAAACGACAAAUUUCGCUAAUGGUUCGCUAAUUAGAUGCCAAACAUUUUGUUACUUGGCAAAACAGAAGUGCAAGUAGUCCACACCGGGUCUGAUAGCCUCUGAGAAAUGGUUUUUAUGCUAAAUAAUUAUGCUUCCACAAAUAUGAUAUUAAUUUUUAAAAAUAAUGCUAUCCUUUGAAAUUACUCAAAAGCAUAACACCAUAUCUCGAAUACAUAUUUAAUGUUAUAACUGAAAUUUUAUAUGGGGGGUACUCGGUGAAAUCGACCCAUUGGCGACCACUUAAAUGUUGGAACAGCCACAACAAAAAUCGUGCACACUUACACAUUAUUUGUACACUUUUAAAUGAAUAUUUUCCCUUUAAUAAGUUCAUAUGUUUUGAAUUUCUUUUUACAUACUAAAACGAAUAAGUCGCUAAAACCAUCUUUGAUGCCUUGUUGUUUUUGUUUUCUCGAAAUAUUCUACUACAUACUCGAAUAACCCCAUGAACUGAUUGUUUUUGCGUUAUAAACUGCGAAAUAUUUACUUAUUUACUUAUAGGCCGGUGAAAUCUAUUAUUUUAAUCAGAGUUAAAACAAAAUAUUGAGACAGCUUUUUCUAAAGCCCAAUCGGCAAUGUAUCAAGCGAAAAAAAACAAGCAUACUAAAUACCUAAUAGGAAGAUUAUUGUUUUUUUUUUAUUGUUGUUCUCUUUUUUUGUUUAAUAUAUGCAACUAUUUUCUCUUUGUACAAGCUAAGUUAAUAAGAAAAAGUAAAAAAUAAUUACAUUUAAAUGUAUUAAUUACAAAUGUAUAGCAGAUUUAGUUAAGUCUGUUAAAUUGUUUUUUUUUUUGUCGCCAGCACAUGCCUUUUGCGUGGUAUAUUUACACUUCCAUAUGUAUGUACAUAUGUAAAUAUAUACAUGUGUAUAACUGACUAGUCUGUCUUACGAAAUUUUUUAAAACACACUUUGCCCUGAAAAUUAAAUUAUUUAAAGUAUCCCAAACCCAUUGUACCAUAAUUACCAUUAUUAAUUAAUUAUUGUACCAUGUCCCAAGCCUACGUUUUUCGUACAAACGUUUUUGUUUGGAAAACAAAUUUAGAACAAAGCCUCAAAAUCAAGAAGUAAAUUUAACUUUUGCUCAAAAAAAGUUCAAAAGUUUUAAUUUUGUCACUAUCCUAACAAUGUCCGUUUCCGGUAGCGCUUCAGUAAGCCAUACUUGUUUGGUAAGACAGACAAUUAUUUAACGAUAUUAUUUACAUACUAAUAUUGAGUUAAUCGAAAACGAAAAUGAAAACAAAAACAUACAUACAUACAUAUCAACAAUUUACUGUUUACAAACUACUCACUGCUAGUUAAUUGUAUAAUUUGUACAACAAUUUUGUAUUAACAUACACACAAACAAACAUAUUUGUAUGUAUGUAUUUUCAAUGUUCCGAUUUUUUACCUAUUUAUGUAAUAUCCGAACGUGCUGACUAUAGACCUCAUCCUAUAAUGUAUACCAAUCACUUUUUUCUAAUCAUAAUUAGAUGUUAUUUACAAUGUUAGUAUUUACUCGAUUUAAAAUAGCUGAUAAUAUGUAGUUUUUUGGCUUCGGUUGUUGCCCCUCGCCUCCAGUGGCACGUUUCUAUUUGAUGAUUGCGCAUGUCCACAGAGGCAAGUGCCGCUAGACACUGAAAGAAAACUUUAUGAAAGAUUUUUAAUCGUGGGACAGCGGAUGAGUCCCCGAGAAAGUUUUCGACUUCCUCCACCUCUCUCGUCCCUGCGAUAAAAGUCGUUUCAAGUUUUUCUUUUUAGAAAAUUCUUUUUUCUAUCACUAGCUUAUUCUUGUAUCUUCUUACCUUAUUCCAGAGUGCGUCUAAGUAUCAAAUUGAGUCAUAUAUGUAUUCAUUGAGCAAACAUUUUCGGUUUCAAUUCUAAUUUUUUUUCUAUAUAUGAACUUGUACUUUUAAGUACUUUAUGUUUACUUUUUAUAUAUUAAUUUUUUUCUUUAUUCUACUACCCUUUACAGUAAAUAUUAACAUUGUAAAUUGCAUUAAAAUAAGUUAUAUUUGUUUACACUACUUAUUGAUUUUAUUUUGACUAAGUUUUUAUAAAUAUGUAUGUUUAUUGAUUUUUCUGUAUACAUAUGUAUUUUGUUUUUGUAAUAUUCUGAUUUUCUUUAUCUAAUAUAAACAAUGUUAAAUUA